UUGAUGCUUUUGUGUUGUUUUCGUGGAACCGGCAGCCUAUCCACAUAGUUUCGCGUCGGCGUGGGGGCGUACCCGUGACGCACGAAGACUGACGCCACGGACCCGCAUAUAAACCGGAGCUCGCAACCGUUAGAGACACAUCCUCUGAUUUGUGCUUUGAACGCAGCCCAGACCCAAAAGUCGUCGCUGAAAAUGUCUCCAAACAUGACUUGCGAAGCUCUCCAGUCUUUUCCUCCAAGACUGACCGUGGCCAAACGAAAAGAGGCUCUUCAACUCAGGAAGACUAUGAAACCUUUGAUGGAAAAAAGGAGGCGCGCUCGAAUCAACGACAGCCUGAAUCACCUGAAAACCCUCAUUCUUCCCCUCACAGGCAGAGAUAAGAAUCGCUACUCGAAGCUUGAGAAAGCCGAUAUCCUCGAAAUGACUGUGAGAUUCCUCAGCGACAUCCCUCCAGUAAAAUCCAAAAGCUCCACGGACAGUUACAGAGACGGCUACAAAGCCUGCCUGCAGCGCGUCUCCGCUCUGCUUCCGGGCAUGCGCGCGGACCCGGACGCGUGCCAGCGGGUGCGCGACUUCAUCCAGCGGUCCGCGUCCGCCGCCGUCGCCGCGACCUGCCUCAACUGCUGCGCUCAAAGCUCCAAGAGUCUCCCUCAGAUCCAGCAGAAAAUCAUGAGCCUCAGAUCCAGACUGGGCCCCGGUCCGUCCGGGAGCGGCAGCAGCAGCAGCGGAGCGCAGCCGCACGCGCAGCCUCUCAGCAGCGGCAUGUGGAGACCGUGGUAGACGUCUCAGCAGGAAGUGGCCGAUUCUUCCUUUAGCCCGCAAAUAGGCUAAAUCUAUUAUAUGCGGGGUUGUCUUUGAUAUGUAUCACUUGUAAAUACGCACGGUGAUUCGCUCGUUUCGGCUGAUGAGAGGCCAGAAUUCAUCCUUGAAUUGUUCGUUUGAGUAUUAUAUACUUACGUUAUGCGCACGAGUCUAAUGUCCUGUAUAAGUUGACACGUUUGGACAGUCGUAUUUUUAAUCUGCAUGUAUGUAUCGGGUAAAUAUUUAGUCCUCCUUGUGGACUGGAUGAUUAGGGGCUAUUGAAACAGCCCUGUAAGACCCAAAGGGUCAGUGUAUGUAUGAAUUUGUACAAUAGACGUCAGUGUCCUGAGUCUGUGCGGAUGACAUGUGUAGACAUUAUAUGUCUCUGUAUAUCAAGUAUCUCUGUUGGGGGAUAUUUUAUUUUUGCUAUUUGCAGCAAAUGUUGUACAUAUACACCUUAAAACACAAUAAAACUAAGCUGUCGGGCUA